CCAUGCCUUGUCUGUCUCCAAGUUAUCCGAUCCUUCUUCAUCUCCAUCCUCCAUGUAAACCCAUAACAGAGGAGGAUCCACAAUUUUUCCUCAAAGUCAGCUCCUUAGGUCAUUCAAAAAGUUGCCGUUGAUUCGAACUUUCUUUUGCAAUCUUCACUAGAACCGUCCCCGUUGUUCCUGCCGGAAAAGAGCUCGUUUUGUGAAUAUUUCAUUCUAAGGCUAUCACAGCAUGUUUUGUUUUCGGACUUGAGACUCAGCAGACGAGCUCUAACAUUCCUAUUGCUCAGAAAGUACAGCUAUUCAAUACGUUCCUUAUGCUAGAGUUAGAUCUAACGAUGGUAAUGUAGGGUAUCUCUUUCACCAUAUAAGUUAGAUGCAUAAAAAAAUGUAAAAAAGGAAAAGGAUACCUUUUCGUCUGACUGAACCACUGAUCCUAUCAAUAGAAGGCGCAAUCGCAACAGAAGACCUCUCCAAUUUACGAGCACCGCCGCUAAAACUUUCCGAUCCCAUAAGCUUAGACACAUCCACAUCCACCAAAACAGGUCCUUUCAAAGUUUCCAUCACUUCACUGUACUCCACCAAACAAAAUCCUCACAUAAACUCUCAAACUCAUCAUUUUCCGUCGGAAAAACUUCAAAUUGAACAGAUUUCAGCCGGUAAAAAGGUAAAAUUGAGCUGAUUUUGGGAGAUUUGAAGGGAAAACAAGAGAUAAUUUAUGGAUUAUAGGUGAAAGUGAGCUGUUGAGGCUGAAGAGAAAAGGGGGAGUUUCGUGGGCACUUUCAUUCCCUAUUUAACUAAUCUGUCUACAGUUAAUAACCUCUUGUGGAGCAUGAGCCACAAGGUGAAAUAGGCUUUUGGUCUGGCUGCAUUUCUGAACAUAAGGCAUUUCCACUGCAUUCUUGGUUGCUCCCCUAAUAUUUGCAGAGUUGGGAUUUUGAAUAUGUCUGGAGAUUCUAUUGUUGUGCGUCCUCUCUUCGGUGGCACUAUUUCCACUACUUUUCCUCUCCGUUUCCAGGAUGUCAGUAAUGUGCGUCAAGUUCCUGAUCAUCAGGAGGUGUUUGUUGACCCUGGGCGCGAUGAGAGUUUGAUAAUUGAGCUUCUGGAUAUGAAGGUGGAUGUAGCAGACAAUGGAAGUGCCAACUGGUUUCUUCAAGACCUUGCCAAUGAACAAGAGGCUGAGGGAACUACAAUCACUGAGCAGUCAGCAGCAGUGUUUGAGGCCCCUGAAUUGUUAUAUAGAAACAUGCCUGCUGUCAUCACCACCGCUGUUGCUCAAAUGGCAGUUUCUAAGGGAAGACAAGGGAGGGAAGCACAGAACUUGGUUAAGGUGUACCUGGCAAACAUUCGCCUUAAGGAAGUUGGGACGGAUGUUCUGAUAACUGCAUAUGAGCCUCUAGUAAUUAACCGUUUGAGUGAGAGUGCUACCGCAGUCGGGGCAGGCAUGGCUGUACCUGCUGCACAGUCUGGAGUUAUGCCGAUGGCUGAAGUUUUUAAACUUGCAGUCUCUAGUUUCAAAGUGCACAACUGGAGUCUCUUUGGCUCUGCUGCUGCUUGAGUUGCAGUUACACACGUCUGGCAUCACUUGGUUGAUUAUUGGUCCAUUUUUGAAGAUCCGGAUUAUUUUAUUUUUUCCGUAUCGAUUAGUUGCUUAGAUGGUUUCCUGUUUUAGUAGACUGAGGGAGAUAGAAAGUGCAGUAUUUCUACUUUUCAACUUUUGUUUUGGGUUUUGACUCUUUGCUUUCCUUUGUUAAGUUAAUGAGUAAAGUAUACACUUCACUACAAAGGCUUGAAGCUAUUAAGUACAAUGUUGAUCAA